AGUACUAUACGGCGGUCGGUGAUGCUGCCGCCGCCACUAUAUUAUUAUUAUUAUUUUCAUCAUCGCUAUACAACAGUCCAAACGUUGUGCAUUUUAAAUCGUUAGUUUUACACGCACGCCUUUAACGUGCGUGCGCGUGUUGCUAUCGCCGUGUUACUAUUAUAUUAUGAUACUUGACAUUUAAAAAAUAUAAAAGACACCAUAAUUUCGCGAUUACAGCGAUGUCCGCUCGCCGAACAAAAAAUAAUAAUUUAGUCGAUAAUAUUAGGCUUCACAAGUACUUUUUUUUUAUACGCUGCAGUGAACGAUGAGUGCGCGGGACGACUACGAUAUCGUAAAAUAAUAUUAUGCAUUUUUGGUAACAUUAUCAUUUAUUACCUACUAAUGAAUUAUAUUGACAUUAUGAUUAAUGUUGUAAAAUCGUGUUUUGUUGAUUUUAUCGUAAUCGCCGCUCGCCAUAUCGCCCGCAUCGCGUUUAUCGUUUUGACUCCGCCCGCGCAGAGCAAAGUCCUAUACGCUGAUCUCACUUUUCGAUUGUCGUCGUCAUUAUGCGUGUCCUAUAGUUAUCGGUAAUAAACUAAAUGCACAUUUCAACUACCUAUUUCUGUCGUCGACUACUGCCACUGCCACCGCGCGAGCAGACUACGAAAAUAAACGAGUCCGAGAGUCGACUGCUCCCGGGCACACGUCGGCUCAUCGUCGUCGUAGGCACUAAUAAUAAACGUAGGUCGGACUCAAACGCGGACGGGCGAGUUUUUAUUACUUUUCAUUGCCGCUGCUUCUGCUAAUAAUAUUAUUAUAAAUUAAUAAUUAUGUUUUUCAUUCUGUAUGUUGUGCGUAGGUAGUACAGUUUUAUACCGAGUGUUUUUUUUUUUUGGUUCUUUUCCAUUAUCGUCUCCGUUUCCGCUCGACGCUAUCGGUCUAACUGCAAUACGUGAUUUAAUUGUACAACAUACGCCGUACAUUACGAAAUCGAACUGAUAAUAUACCUAUCUAUGUUAUAGUUACGACUAUACGUCCAUAAUCCGAUUUUAUUUUCGAUUUGUUUUGGUAUUGUCUUACAUAAUAGUGUUAUAUUUAAUCGUAAUUAAUAAUUAUUAGCUGAUAACACGCGUGGUCGUGAAAUGGAAUGCCGUCGGACCGUCAUUACCAGCGGAGUGUUGCACUCGCCUCCGUCCGCGUCAGCUGCGCCACUGACGAUGGCUGCGAACAUACGAGCCCGAGGACUCCGGAAUAGUCGGUUGUACGAUUGCGAUGACGAAGUUAUUGAUGAGUACAACAACAACAACAACAACAACAACAGCAACGUGGUCGCUACCACGAUAAACAAUACGACGCAGCUCGUCGAUGAGUUGGAACAGUUACGGACUGACAACUUUCAGCUCAGGUUGCGAGUCUACAAUGCCGAACGCAGGGUGGACAAGCUUUCGGCGGCAGCACUCCGCCGAGACCGGGAGAAACGUUGCAACAGUACCAAUACAGACAGCGAUGAUACCGAUAAUAGUAGUGAUCACAAAACCGCGGCGGCCAAGAAAACCGCUGAAGCGGCCGUACGCACUAUUCACGACUUGUUAACGGUCAACCGGAGAUUGCUAGCACUAUUGGCAGCCACAGUGUCAGCCAAAGCAGUGUCCGUGUCUGCUGACGACAAACGACGCUGGAGGCGACUGCGAAAGCACAUCGAGAAAUACACCACAGACGACCUGAAAGAAGAGAAGAGUAAUGAGCUCGACGAUGACGAUGACGACGAAUUUCAUGACGAGUCUGCGUCGGAUUCCGAGACGUCAUGCAAAGCGCAAGUAGUGUCAUAUGUCGAUCGUUCGGCGACGAAAAAGAACACUCUGCGUUCGCCUCCGCCUCCGACGAUUCCAUCGUCGUCCGCACCGCUCGAGACCACUGGCGAAGAUGACGAAGGUGCCGGUUCCGAGGUGUCCCGUUUGCGGGGACGAUGCAGACGACUGGAGCGAUCACUACAGCAACUAGUCAACACGGAACUGUGGGCCCGAAACAGGCAGAUUGGUAAGCUCGAGCAGCAAAGGUAUGUGACCCAAGUGGCCGACGCGGCUGUACAGAGAGACAGGAAACCGGCCGAGACGGUGGCAGCAGAUACUGCAGCUCCGCCGCAACAUUAUCUGCAGCAGUUCCGUUCGGAAGUCGCUUCAACUAAUACGCCCCUGCCGGUGACCAAAGGAAUCCUAGUAAAACGGUUGCCCGCAGAGACGCCCACCGCAACAGCGUCUACAACCGCCACGGAAUCACUGCAGAACCAUCGAAAAUCACCGCCUACAACUGUGACUUCCAUCACGACACCGCCACCGGUGUUGCCGGACUAUUCAGAAGUUAACUUUUUCUUCAGCUGCGACGAGGAAGAAGAGGACGAAGACUCCGCGGAGAUGAACACUUCGUCGCCGGAAGAGGACACCGCGGAUUCGAACGACUGCGGGGGCGGCGACGAAGAGCCGGUACGGUUAGCUGCAAUCGGCGCUCCGGUGUCGUCGACGAGUGCGCGGAAACGACACUGUCGACCGCAUCACCGGCAACCGCAACAGUCAAACUGCAAGAACGUCGGCGAUACGGCCACUGUUGUUCUUGUCACUACGACGACGUCGUCCUCUUCAACAGAGUCUGCGUCAACCGAGGACGAAGCGGACGAUUUGAACGGCGACGGCGUUAUUCCCAUCGCACGAAGUCGGACCGUGAGUGGCGGCAGCGGUUUGCACCGAAGGCGACGGUGCAGACUCCCACGCCGAUGUUCGACUUGCGGCCGUUGCAGUGGCGUCGCGGACGCGGUGGUGCAGGCUACAGAUCACUCGAAACCUCCGCCCUUGACCGACGCGCAAGUGCAGUGCGGUGACGGAAGUGUGGCUGUAGAUCCCAACUGCAGCAGCAGUGAUGGCGUUGGCGAACAGCAGUUGCAAUUGUUGCGCCGCGAACUGGACGCUCGGCGGCGAGAAAACGGUCGACUGUACGACAUAUUGCUGAGACUGCAACGCGGCACGCGAUCGGGCGACCGGGGAAAAGGCGACGGUGGUCCUAGAAUUCCGUCUCCCGACUUGUCGGACUCCGAUCUGAGCGGUUCGCCCGACCAGCGGGCCGCCGGAGCGGUCCACGGUCGCAUCGCCGACCUGUUGCCGCCGCUCCUGUCCAUGCGGUCGAUUUCGGACGACGAUGGCGACGAUGACGACGGCGGCGCAGAAGGCCAUCGGCGCGACCAGCCGGACGGCGCGGAACAACAGCAACAACAACAGCUGAUGUUGCUCACCCGUCUCCGGGAACGCAUAGUGGCGUACGAACGCCGAGAACUCAACGGCGGCGACGAUCGCGCUGCCGCAGGAAUGGCGCAGCCUCGGCCGGAGGACACGUCGAACGACGCCGUCCGUCGGAUGGACCGCGCCGAUUUGUUAAACGUCGCGCUCCCGCGGGUCGUAGAACGGCUCCGUCAGGCGCUUGUGCCGCUGUUGCAACAUCGGUCGGAAAACGCCGUCGCUGCAGCCAGUGGUAAAUCGACGAACGUCGGCGGCGGCGGCGGCGAUUCAGCCAUCGACGGCGCACCACCGUCACCGCCGACCGAAGAACGAUGACAAAGAUUUUGUGUUGUAUAAUACCUACCACCCUUCGGGAAACACUAGGUAUACCUACUUGAGCAUUAUAUUAUUAUUGUACCGUCAAUAGAAUCGGGUCAUAAAUAUGGGUUUGGUUUCACUGAGUGGUUAUAUGUAUAGUAUUCUUGUUGUUGACGUUUGUUUUUUUAUUUUAUUACGACAUUUUUUUAAUUUUUAUAUACGCCAAAAAACUAUAUACACAAUUUUUUAUUAUUUAAAUUAUUACAUCUUACGAUGUAUGUUGCAAUCUAGGCGCCUUACCUAGAAUAAUAUAUUAAUUUUCCAAAAGACUUAUAUUCGUGUGCCAAAAAAAAAUAAAAUUAAUAUGCAUUUUUGUACUAUACUAAUACUAUAUAUGUAUGUAUACUAAUGUCUAAUAUGAUUACUAUUCGCUAUAUGUGAAAAUGUUAUGUGAUUUUUUUUUAUAUACCUAAUAUUAUUAAGCAAAAUAAAUUUUAUUGUAUUAAUUAUUUAUAAAAUAUACGCAUAAAUAUACUUUUACAAUUGUUAUAA